GGGCCCAGUCCCCCGGACUUCCCUGGCUCAUGGCGGGAGAAGGUGGGAGGGAGGGCACCCCGGCCCCGGCCCCCACUCUGCAGAGCAGCUGCUGCUGCAGCAGCGGCGGCGGCGGCGCUCUGGCCCGGGCCCCGCCCGGUGCGGGCGGCCGAGGGGCGGGGAGCAGGCGGCGCAGCCCAGCCCGCCCUCGUUGUCAGGGCGCCGGCCGAGGGGCGGGGCUUCCAGCGCCCGGGCGCCCCUGCUCCUCCGCGCCCGCCGCGGCGCCCGCAGCCCCUGGGGCCAUUGUUUUGCGGCUGCCAGGGUUGAAGCGGGCUACCCCUAGGCUUUGGCCCCUCAGUCGUUCCUCUCUGAAGACCUGGCCUCAGCCUCGGAGCCGGAGUGGGUCUUGGAGCUGGGCGCAGAGCUCAGAGUGCCCUCGGUCCCCGCCCAGGCGUCGAGGUCACCCCGCGAGCGCAGAUCAGGGUAUCAUGGAAAUGGAGUUCCUAGUUCUAGAGUAUCCUUUUCUACAAAUAGAGUAAAGUAAAAUGCAGUUUAUUUAAGAAGAGAUGCUGGCACUUUGGGCAGAAAGGGAGUAGUAGGUAUGUGGCACUUCUCUUUCAUCUGGACAUAUUCCUUAAUUUUACCUUCUUUUUUUCCUUUCUGUGCCAUGACUCCUGAUCAAUCAAAUAGACAGCUAAAAUUAUUCUCAGAUCUGAAAUGUUUUAUUAUUUCUGUUAGCUCUUCAAAGCACGUUUAACCUGUGCACAUAGUCUAAUUUUCACUGCUGGUGUUGACAGAAAAAAAUAUUUCAAAAAUGGAAGCUAAGGAUUGCAAUAUAAAGUAGCAUAUAAUGGCAAUGGCACUCUUUCUGCUUUUCUGGUGCUUUGGGUCUACCUCAACAGUAGCGUGCACUUGCUAUGAAUGGUAGGGCCCGCCUACAUUAGGUUGAUGAUUUAUUGUUGAAGUCAAAACAACUAGUGAAAUUGUACUGAGUAGACUCUUGAUCAGCAGGGUAGCAGAUGUCUCCUGGAGUAUUUUCCUUCUCAAAUUUACAGGGCUUCUACCUUUCAUAGAAAACCACCCUCACCUCUGACUCACGUGACUUAUCUUCGGGUACUGCCUCCUCUUGGCAGUCUUUGGGACUACCUCAAAGCAGAAUUAAUCCUACCCUGCUCAGUGUUCCCUCGACUCUUCUUCCAUUACAUGGUAGUCCACUGGUGUCUCAACAGGUCUGUACAUUAUUAGACUGUGAGCUCCCUGCUCCCUCAACCAGAUAGAGAUUGAAGAGGACACCAUCUCUGUCUACUAAAUCGUGUGAGGCCAUUACAUAUGGUCGACAUUGGUAGGCCACUACAUAUGGGCUACUACUCAAACACUUACGUUUCAGCCCAGCCCGAGUUUGCGAAGUGUGUUGAGUUAAAUUUGUAAUUAGACAAUUUGGCCGAGGGGAGCUUAAAUGCUCUGCAGUGGGAGAAAUAUGUUCUUGCUAUUGUUGCUGUUCCUGAAACAAAAGAAAUAGACAAGGGAGAAAAGAGGUGAAGAAUAAAUAAGAAAAAGAAGUAGAAAUGCAGUCUGCAACAGAAGACAGCAGACUGAAGCUAGAAUCCAGACCAGGCCCAGGAACUUUACGAUUUUAAGGAGGAUGGCUAACACACAACUUUAGGUGUUUGCAGUGCUACAGUGCUCAGUUACAUACAUUUUUCUGGCCCUUGAAAACUUGAGUAAGGUCGGUUAAAACACACACAGCAUGAGUAAGAAUUUUGAUUUUAUGAACACUAAGGAAAAUGCUGUGUUUGUUACAUGACAGGCCAAAAUAAUUAGAAAAAGAAUGCUACACACGGAACAGCUGCAUACUUUUGAAACUAAGUUAAAUCAGAGGACGUGUGGGGGGGCAGGAGGAGAAUGACCAAAAAAUUGUAAGACUACAGAUAAUUCGUUAAAAUCUUGAGGAGGAUUUUUAAGAAAGUGUUCAGUGAAAGCUUGAAGCAAUCUCAUCUAGUGUUUAAGAAGAAGGAUUUCCUUGCUGAUUUCUAUGAUGUGUUUUUAUUCAUACACAGGUACAGCACCUACCUAGCAUGUAAUAGGCUAUUUACUUACGUAACAGGUGAGCCCAAGAUAUAAUAUCUGUGUCUUAGCUGCCAAUUUUAGAAAUAAACAUCUAAUAGGAUCUACUUUGGCACUGCAAUGGAAACUAUCAAAAUUGGAAAACUCCUAAGUAAGUGUUCAAUAAUAGAGAAAUGACUAAACAAAUUACAGUAUAUUUGCUCUAUUUUGUACAUGUCACAAUCACAAGAUGGAAAUCCAUCUAUAUAAGCUGACAUGUUAAGUUCCCUUAGACAUAAUGCCACGUGACAAAAAAUAUGUCAUCCUACUAUACAACUGCCCUACUUAUGCAAAUGUUCAGAAAACUAUGUAUUAACAGUAAUUGCUCCCAGUUGAAGGAUUUGAUUGGAGGGAAAAAAGGCAGAUCUUCACUUUCCUCUUCCUAUCCUUUUAUGUUACACAAAAUUUUGUCAUGAGAAUAUAUAUAUGCACAAAAUAUCAAUAUAUUUAUAUUAAUAUAUUUGUA